CCGCAAGUAAGCUUUUAGAUGCACUUCAGCCCAGAUUACUUCCUCCGCACGUCUGAUCUGACAGUCUCAACCCUCACUGGCCCUCGAUAAAUAGAGAAUUGUGCCCUCGAGCAAGCUUCACCGGCUUCCAACUUUCCUCACACUCUCUCAUCGGGGGCUCGCCUCGUUCUCUGCCUCUAUCGCCCCCUCCGAUCUCACCCCGAUUGCCAUCCAACUCGACCGACUCAUCCGUCAUUCGCCGCAACAGGCUUAAAUUGAAGUCGCGAUGUCUACCACAACUGGGGCUUUCCUUGCCGGAGGUAUUGCUGCAUGCGGUGCCGUAACUGUCACCCACAGUUUCGAGACUGUCAAGAUUCGGUUACAACUCCAGGGUGAAUUGCAGGCGAAGAACGAAGGAGUGAAGAAGUAUCGGGGUGUCCUGCACGGUGUUAAGGUUAUCCUCCAAAAUGAAGGCCCCCGAGGGUUGUUUCGUGGUAUUGGAUCUGCCUAUGUUUACCAAGUCCUUCUUAAUGGCUGCCGUCUCGGCUUUUACGAACCUAUUCGUUCUAAUGUCACAAACGCCAUUUACAGCGAUCCCAAGGUGCAGUCUCUCGGCGCUAAUGUCUUCGCCGGUGCGGCCUCUGGAGUCAUCGGUGCGGCUGCUGGAUCGCCGUUCUUCCUGGUGAAGACCCGCCUGCAGUCCUAUUCUCCCUUCCUCCCCGUCGGUACUCAGCAUAACUACAAGAACUCGGUUGAUGGCCUGAGCAAGAUCUAUAGAAGCGAGGGAGUCAAGGGUAUUUAUCGUGGCGUUGGGGCUGCCAUGAUCCGUACUAGCUUUGGCAGUGCUGUUCAGCUCCCCACAUACUUUUUCGCCAAGCGUCGUCUGACUCGGCACUUGGGUAUGGAGGAAGGGCCCGCUUUGCAUUUGGCUAGCAGUGCGGCGUCUGGCUUUGUCGUGUGCUGCUUUAUGCAUCCUCCUGAUACCAUUAUGGCUCGCAUGUACAACCAAACUGGUAACCUGUACCAGGGUGUCUUUGACUGUCUGUUCAAGACUAUCCGCACUGAAGGUGUCUUGGCUAUUUACAAGGGCUUCUUCGCUCACCUGGCCCGUAUUCUCCCACACACUAUUUUGACCCUCAGUCUGGCUGAGCAGACCAACAAGCUGAUGCGCCGCGUCGAGGAUCGCAUCCUUCCGGACUCUUUCCGUGGGAAGAUCUAGUCCAUGAGGGCCAAGACCGAAACUUCUUGAGCUCGGCCCAUUCUGGCUCUUGCGUUGCAUCAAAAGACUUACUUUCAUCUUUGAUUCUUCUAGACAUGUUGACUUGCAUUGAGUGAGGUGGACUUUGCGAUACCAGGUUUUCUUUUGGAUAUAGAUUUGGCGUUUGUGGCUCGCCGAUUCUUGGACAUUUUUUGUACAUAAUCACGGCGGUAAAUUUGAGAGCGACUCAAGACAUAACUUCUGCCUCUGCUUCUUUAGGGGUCUAUCUUGCCA